AAACAGGACGAUUAGAAAGCUGACAGACUGAUCCGAUCCUCUGCAUACGACGAGAGGAGGAGGAGGAGGAGGAGGAGGAUGGGUGAGAGAGAGGUAGGGGGUGAAUUCCUCCUGCUCUUCCCCUCUCCCACACUCUUCCUCUUCCCCAAAUGGACGUAACAAGUUUUAAAUCAUUUCCUUGCUGUUUUUUUUUUUUUUUCUCCGCCUUUCCCUCCGCCUCCCUACAUUUCAUCAAGGGAGGAAAAUAACAUGAAAAUGGACACCGAGUUAGGGCGGCGAGAGGAAGAGAAGAGAUGGAGGAGGAGGACGAGGAGGAGGAGUAGAUGUGAGGAGUGGGGGCCAAGAGGAGAGCUGGGAGGUGAGUGCCAGUGUGGCGCCGUGAUUGGCUGGCUCGGGGGAGGUGGGCGGGGCCAGCAUCGCGCGCACCGCCACCCCACCUUGUAUAAAUCCCUUGCUCAUAACUGCUGUCAUUAUUAUUUCCUAAUUACUCUGGUCUCGGCGGUUCCCAGGCUGGCGGUGCGAGGACACACAGCCAAUGGAUCACUAGGAGCCUGGCAGUGCCGUAACACAGCAACUAUACCAGGAGGGCCGCCGCCGCCACCACCACCAUGCCACCUCGCUACCGCCACCCUGCACGCCUGUAGCACCGCCGCACACCGCACACGCGUUUAGUAGCGAGAAGUACCUGACGAAGCCUCCCGCAGCUGACGGAGGCCACGGCGAGUGAACGCAACGCGGCCGCAGCAACCAUUUGAAGAGCAUCACUCACCACCGCCACCACCGCCACGCGCUUUCCUUCGCCAGCAGGACAUCGCGGUAACAGUGCCCUUGUGUCUCCUGCCGCUGCUGCCGCCGAGGUGAGUCCAGGCUUGUCUAGCGCUUCACCGGAGGGCCGCACGGACUCUGGCACCCGUUUCGCUGUCGGUGGCCUUUCAACUCCUCAAGACAUUGCCACACGCCGUCCCUCGCCGCGCACACCCAGCCAGUGCCCGCAAGACCACACUCGCAUCAAGACUCACGCCGCAGGAAAGUUCUCGCCGCUCGUCUCACGGCACCAGCGGGAAUCACACUCCUUGACCCGGCCAACCCCACCACCACCACCGCCAUCAUCUCCACCACCACCACCACCAGCAUUCUCACCGUUCCUUCAGACUCCCCGGCGACCUCCACCACCACCAGCCUCUUCGGUGUGGGCGGGGGCAUGGCGGGCGGCUACCUGGGCGGCGCGGGGGGUCUAGGGGCGGGCCUCCCCCACCUGCCCACUGAGAUCCUGAUGGACGAGUACAUGUUCGGCCGCCGCAGACAGGUGAGCCCGCCGCCCAAGCGGCGCAACAGGACCACCUUCACGGCCCAACAGCUAAGUGAAUUGGAGGCGUUGUUCCAGCGCACCCACUACCCCGACGUGUUCCUGCGGGAGGAGGUCGCCUGUAGAAUCAACCUGUCGGAGGCUCGAGUACAGGUGUGGUUCCAAAACCGGCGGGCCAAGUGGCGCAAACAAACGAGGAUGCAAUUCGUUCAGGACGCGUGGCGGCUCCGCUACCUGGGUCUGUCCCCGCCGGCCUGGCUCACGCGCUCCCCCCCACCGCCUCCUGGCCCCGGCAGCCCCCCAGCGGGGCGGGGCCAGGCGCCGCUACCAUCGCCCCCGCUUCCUCUUCCGCCCAGCUCCGCCUCCGAGGCUCCAGUGGGCGGGGAGAGGCCGCCGGUGAGCACCGCCCCCCGCCGCGCCUCGCCUCCCCCAGCGGUCACCACCGCCCCGCCAACCAGCCUCACCGCCGACGAGCACCUGGCCGUCGCCACCAGCAUCAGCAACCUCGGGGCGGCGGCAGCGGCGACCCUGCGGUGGCGCGGCGAGGACCACGUGGGGUGUCUCGGGGCGGGCCUGUGUCCCUGCCUCAGCCACGCCUCCCUGCACGACCACCCCCUGCUGCCCCGCCUCGCCCUGCCCAUGCACCUCGCCCACACCCAGCUUGGUAGUCGCCCCUCAUCCCCCGAAAAACGACCGCUAGGGAGGACCGACGAAGGACCCCUGCCCGCCCCUCCCUCCCGCCACGCCCCCCGCCACGACAACGACGACGACGACGAGGAGCUGACGGUGACCCAGGAGAGCGACGAUGACCUCACGCCCACCGACCUGUCCUCCACUAUGACCUCAGCCUCAUCGAAAUAGGGUCACUUUUGGUAUUUUAAGGGCUAUCUCUCUCUCUCUCUCUCUCUCUCUCUCUCUCUCUCUCUCUCUCUCUCUCUCUCUCUCUCUCUCUCUCUCUCUCUCUCUCUCUCUCUCUCUCUCUCUCUCUCUCUCUCUCUCUCUCUCUCUCUCUCUCCUCACAUUCCACGCCAAAGAAUAAUUAAUUACACUUAAGUAGUAACAGUGUAGUCCGGUGUAGCCCUGUGUUGAUUCCUCCCUCUCUGGUGUUAUGUAAAUACAGUCUACCUAUGUUAUUGACAGACCUGGAGGUGUUGAUUUGCUUGGGUUGCAUAUCAUGGAGAAGAUUAUGAUAUGGUUUCGUGUGUGUGUGUGUGUGUGUGUGUGUGUGUGUGUGUGUGUGUGUGUGUGUGUGUGUGUGUGUGUGUGUGUGUGUGUGUGUGUGUGUUUGUGUGUGUGUUAGCUGAAGCUCACAUGUUUCUCAUAAUGUACAGCAGAAGCGUUACAAAUAAUACUCAUACGGAAAUUACACUACACACCAUUUUCUUUCUCUUCCACUCGUAACGCCACAAGCCAGAUUCUUUUUUUCUUCCUCAAAGCAGCUCACGCCCUUCUCUUAAUACAUAACACUAAAAUCUAUUGGACAUAAAUUUUCCGGUCAGUGGAGAUAAAAACUUCACGGAUAAUUGAAACGUAAACAUCAUUGACUUUAAUAUUGGACUUUUUUUUUUUUAACUAAUUCACUGCUUCUGGACAGCCUCUCUCUCUCUCUCUCUCUCUCUCUCUCUCUCUCUCUCUCUCUCUCUCUCUCUCUCUCUCUCUCUCUCUCUCUCUCUCUCUCUUGACAAUGAAGUAUUCACGAGGUUCCAUUUCGUUGUACAGAAAGCCGGUAUAUGUAUUACCAGUGUGCAAUAAAUGUGGUUAUCAUGAAAA